AUGAAACGAAACAAUGAUAUCGCAGCGACCGCCGCAGAAGCGAUGAUGCGUGUGAAUGCAGCUGCUCCAGCACCGCCCCCCACCGUGGCUCAAGCUGCAGGUGCAAAUCCUACACAAAGGUUCAACGCCAUGGACAUCGGAUACUUUGAUGCAGGUCUUCCGAAUGAAUACGGUACGGGCGACAUUGUUCAAAGUGGCAAGGACACAUACUUCCGUGAUGUCCCUUUGUUCAUGAGCUCAUUCACCGAAAUACGAUCAGAGGAAGUCGUCCGACGAAUUCUGGACGGGGAGGACGAUCUCGUCGCGGUAUCGCGGUCGCGGCUGUAUCUAUCGACGACAAUGGCGUGGGCCUGGGCCGCGGACCAGAUCAAUCUGUUGGAAGCCGAAGGUUUUGAAGCCUUCGAAGAAUACAUAAGCGAAGGAGAGGAGACCGAACAAAUUGACAACAUUGACAUCUAUCCUCGUGCAUCUGAAACUUCUGACAAAAUGCGGCAAGAUCUUCGGCGCUGA